AUGUUGAAUAAAGCUAUUAAAGAAUGGUUAUCUGAAUACAAGGGUCUGGCUGAUGAAGAAAUACAUUCCUAUGCUACUGUAGUACGUAAUAAUGAAGAAUUGAUAUCUAGUCUAUAUAAAUUAUUUGAAUCUAGACCAUCAGUUGAAUACUUAGAUCCAGUUUGUCACCAACUUUAUGAAUUUUAUCGUUCCAAAGAAUCAGAAUUACAUCAUUUUUCCUUGGAAUUCAUGCCAACUUUGAUAUGGUUAUAUCUGAUGACCUUAAGUGUCAAUGAUAAAAAGAAUUGUGGUGGUGUAGAAGCUUUUUUAUUGGGAAUUUACAACUUGAUAAUGUGUUUAUGUAUUUGA